AUGACUUUGGGAAAACCUCUUAAUACCACAAACAAAUCCUCUCAGCCGCAAACUGCUAAGUGUCAAAAAUGUCUUGAAGUUGGCCAUUGGACAUAUGAAUGUAAAGGUAAAAGAAAAUUUUUACAUCGUUCUUCUCGAACAGCUCAGCUCAAUAAAAGAAUAAAAGCAAUUGAAGAAAAAUUGAAUGGCGCUUCUGAAGAGCCUAAACAAAAAGAGGAUGAUACUUCCAGCAGCUCAAGCUCAGAAAGCAGUUCAUCAUCGAAUUCUUCUCCUGCAGCCUCUGAUAGCUCAUCUGAUUCUAGUUCUUCCAACUCCAGUGAUUCAGAGACAUCUGAUUCAGAAUCAGAGUGA